AUGAAUGUCACCUUUCAUGAAGACUUAUCCUACUUUAUGGCUCCUACUAGCCCUUUUCUUCAGGGGAAGAGAGGAAGUGAAGAGAAGAAAUCGUGCUUUGAAGAAGACAAGGAAGAAUUACUGCAAGCAACCAAUCAAGAUGUUCCAAUCAACUCGUUAUUUUCAACGCGAGGUAAAGACUCGAAAACAACCAGUAAUGUUUACCAGAUGACCAACAAUGUCAACUUGUCGUUUUUAAGCCAAGAGGAAGCGACCAGUCCUGUCGACUGGUCGUUCUUAAACUGA